AUGUUGCGAACAUCGAUUCGGUCAGCAAGGGCGAUUGGCCGCGCCCCUACUGCGUCCGCAGUCGGCCGCCAAUGGCAUGUCGCCGCCCUCCGUGCCAGCUCCAGGCACUUUGCCGACAGCAGGAAGCCCGAUCCUGUCUCCCAGCCCGUCAAGCUGCCGACCAUUGAGACCAACACAGCCAAGGAGAGCAAGCCUCCCAGACUCGUCGAUCCCGAGCCUACCAUUCCCGCCGACAACAUUCCCCUGACGCCGCCUCCUCCUCCGCCUGCGACCAAGCCUCUUCCCGACACGGUGACGUCGACAACCUCAACGACGACGACGACGACGACGCCGCCUCCUCCCCCCCCUCGGGCCGCGCCUCCGAAGAAGGGCUUCUUCCGCCGUCUGAGGAACCUUGUGCUGACCCUCGCCGUCCUCGGUGCUCUCGGCUUUGGUGGUGGUGUCAUGUACUCGAGGAUCAAUGACAACUUCCACGACUUCUUCACCGAAUAUGUCCCCUUUGGCGAGCAGGCCGUGCUCUACCUUGAGGAGAUGGACUUCCGCAGGCGCUUCCCCAACAUCUCCGACAGGAUCAGCAGGACCCGCGACACCGGCGCCCAGGUGACCAUUCCUGCCCAGAGCGGCGCCUCGUGGAGGGUCGCCGACAACGGCCAGCCCACUGGCCGCCAGUCGAGCGCUGUUGAUAAGUCCUCGGACAAGGUCGCCGCCGUGAAGAAGCCAGCGCCUCCUGCGGCGCCCGCCCCGACCCCCGAGCCCAAGCCCGCCCCUGUCGCCGAGAAGCCUGUCGCUCCCGUCGAGGCCCCUGUCGAGGUCAAGGCCGCCCCCGUCGCUUCCAAGCCCGCCAAGGCCCAGUCGACCGAGGCGUUCCGCGCCCCCGAGGUCAACGAGCCCUCGAGGCUGCCGCCCAUUGCGCCCAUUGACCCCCUCAAGGUCAACGACGCCAUGGAGCCCCUGGUCCAGGACCUCGUCCACAUGCUGAACGACAUCAUCACCGUCGUCAACGCCGACAAGGCGCAGGGCCGCUACGGUGCCACUAUUGACAAGGCCAAGACCGAGCUCAACAAGGUCGGCGGCAAGGUCAAGGACGUCCGCGGCGAGGUCGAGAAGAAGGCCGCCGAGGAGGUCCGCCAGCGGAUCAACGAUUUCGACGCCGCCGCCGACGCCCUCGUCAAGCGCGUCGAGGCCGCCAUGGCCGCCCAGGAGGCCAACUGGCGAGGCGAGUUUGAGGAGGAGAUGAAGCGCGUCAAGAACAGCUACGACGAGCGCGUCAAGGUCCUCCUCGAGCGCGAGAAGCAGCUCGGCCACCAGCGCCUCGAGAACAGCCUCCUCGAGCAGGCCCUGGCCCUGAAGAAGGAGUUCACGGGCGAGGUCCGCAAGCGCGUCGAGGACGAGCGCGACGGCCGCCUCGGCAAGCUCAACGACCUGUCGGCCGCCGUCGCCGACCUCGAGAAGCUGACGGUCGGAUGGAACGACGUCGUCGACACGAACCAGCGCACGCAGCAGCUGCACGUCGCCGUUGAGGCCGUGCGCGCCAGCCUCGAGAGCGGCAGCGUCCACCCGCGCCCCUUUGUCCGCGAGCUCGUCGCCCUCAAGGAGAUUGCCGCCGACGACGCCGUCGUCAACGCCGCCAUCGCCUCCAUCAACCCCUCGGCCUACCAGCGCGGCCUGUCGACGUCGGCGCAGCUCGUCGACCGCUUCCGCACCGUCGCCGGCGAGGGCCGCAAGGCCUCGCUGCUGCCCGACGACGCCGGCGUCGCCAGCCACGCCUCGAGCUGGGCCCUCAGCAAGGUCAUGUUCAAGAAGCAGGGGCUCGCCACCGGCGACGACGUCGAGAGCAUCCUCACCCGCACCCAGACCUACCUCGAGGAGGGCGACCUCGACGCCGCCGCCCGCGAGAUGAACGGCCUGCAGGGCUGGGCCAAGACGCUGAGCAAGGACUGGCUCGGCGAGGUGCGCAAGGUGCUGGAGGUCCAGCAGGCGCUCGACGUCAUCUCGACGGAGGCGCGGCUGCAGAGCCUGAGGGUCGAGUAA